UGCUGGUCCCGCCCAACGAGACACGCGGACUAGAAGAAUAGAAGUUGCUACAGUGUAAUAAGUGAUUUGUGUCUCUCCAUUCUGAGACCAUUUUACCUUCGUCUAAAACCCGCAGCGCAGAAUUAAAGUUCCAAAAUUGUAACACGCGGUUUGUUUUGAUACAUUUGAGAACGUUUUUGCUCCAGUCAAACGCCACAGCGCAGCACUGUAACAAAGUAGUUUGUCACGCGACGGUCAUUGUGCAACCAGUGGAAUAGGAGGACAACUCGGAGUGUUUGCGGUAACCAGCCUAAACAGUCCCGAGGAGACGAUUUUGGAUGGUGUUUUGUGAGCGUUUAAAGGGAAUGAGAGUAAACGAGGGAAGCACGCUUUGAGCACUGCAGCGUUCGAGUGGCCAGUGCCAUGAAACUGAAUCCACAGCAAGCCCCGUUAUAUGGCGAGUGUCUGUUGACUGUCCAGCUCUGUGAGGAAGAGUGUGUCGAGGAUGAGGAGGAUGUAGAGUUUUACCUACUAUUCGCCGGCUCCACCCAGAGGCACAUUUCCAGCACUUUGAAAGUCAGCCAUGUCACACUGCAAGCCGUGUGCCCUGCUCAUGAUCAGAGUGAAACAGUGCGGGUCACGCUAUGCCAGGCCCGGCCGGGGGGCUCAGUGGACCCUGUUGCUGAGGAACGCUUCCAGUUCGUGCAGGACCUUGCCCUGGACAUGGCCCAGUUCCUAGUGAACACGGUUGGGAAGAAAGAGGGAGCAUUACUUCUGGACGAGUGUCAGAUCCCCCUCAAGGAGUGUGAGAGGUUGGAUGAUGCCUUGGCUCUUGCUCUUAAACAUCUGCCUCUGCCGGCAGGCUGGAGCGUCCUGGGCACAGACUGGGACACGGGCACUUGCACAGGCUUGGGAAUUGAACCUGGACCACAAGACACACUUUUGCACUUUGCUGCAAAGCGCGGGCUACGCAAGGUAGCACUGUUUCUCCUCCAACAACCUGGAGGAAGAGAGGCCCUCCGACUUCCCAACAAACAGGGUCGUACGCCAGCCAGGGUCGCCCAGAAGAAAGGCCACACGCAGCUCCAGAAACUGCUGACGGAGGUUGACAAGCUGCCUGAGUUGGAGACGAAAACAUCCAAGUGGCAUUACCCAGAAGGCAGAGUUCUGCGACACCACCCCAAGCUAAACACUUACACCCUGACGCUAGAGGAUGUGCCAGGGAGUCCUCCACCAAGCCUUAAGUGUGAUGUGGAGGAGCUCCAAUCCCUCAUUCAGUCACAUCAGAAGGAAGAUCCUUCGCCGCAGCAUAAGCCAGCACUGCUGAUUCUUAACCGAAACUUCAGUGAUAGAUCAGAGCCUGUUGACUGCCUACCGACCAAUUUACUGGAGCCUGAGCAUCAGGAACCCAACUCUGAACAAGAAGAAACCUGCAAAUCGAACAGCUCUGCCGUUGAGGAUGGACUGUGUAUUCGUCAAAACGGCACAGAUCAUCAUGUCCAAUCACAGGACUGGGAGGUUGAGCUUGACCCGCCAGCUGUAGAGGAUACUGGGAAGGCGUCAGAUAAGGUUGACUGUUCGCAGCAGCGGAUAGAAGGCGAUUCUGUGACUUUCAGUGCCCCUUCCUGUGGAAACCAGCAGGAGGAAGUUGAUAUAGAACUCUGUGUAAUCCGUGCCAAACAGGGGGCUGCUUCACAGCCUGAUAAAGGCAACCAAGAAGAGCAGGAGGCUUGCCAGAGGAGUUUACAGACUGAAAAAGACAAUAACGCUCAAUCUGGCAACAUUGAGUACCAAGACAUGGGCAACGCACAAUCUCAGGGUCUCCUCCCCACGGAAACUAGUCAGCCUUCACAAAGAGAGGAGGAGAGCAAGGGGAGUGCUAAUCUUAGUUGGCGAAGGGACUUACCAGAGGAAAGGGAAGGGGAGAAGAGUAGCAACUCUAAAGCACUUUCUUCCCAUGAUUCAGAGGAAAACGGUCAGCACAACGAAAAGUUUGAGUCCGAGCUGCCUACGGAAUGCUCGUUGGGAACAGAUGAAGCUAAAUUGACUUUAAUUCAGGUAAAUUCUGAGGUUACCUCGUCCAUACGAAAUGAUGAAACUCUUAUUUCUGACAGUGUUGACAAGCCACAUCGUAGCCUAGAGACAGAGACAGGAAAUCUUAGCGAACGCACAAAAUGCAACACUGAGUCAGUUUCUGGUUUGGUUACAGAUGACGUUAGCAUAAAGCAGAACUCUGGAUUUAGCAUUUCAAAAGGUGAUCCUUUGGAAUUGUUAAGUCUCCAGCCAAACAUGGCACCAGGACCGGAGGAUAAGGUUCGACAAGGCCUCUCACCUGUUCCUGAGACUUCUCCUCCUGAAGGUCCAGCUGUGGAGCCCUUGUCUGAGACUACAGAAGGUUUUCAACAGCCACACCAAGUCACACAAUCUUCAGAAACUGCAUUAGAAUGUCAGGAGAUUUUGAAUGACUCAGACUGUGACAUCAGUGCAAUAGCAGGGGUUUCUGUUAAGAUCACUGCAGAGGUUUCAUGUUGCCAGAUUGCCGGGUCUCUGCCUGAUGGAAGCAAGGAGGAGAUAGCUCCUAAUGAUAGGAUAAACCACCCUAAGGAGAUCUUUGGAGAGCAGGAAUCAAUUGAUGACAUCAUUGUCUCAAAGUCACAAUGCAAAUCAAAAUCUUCUGAUGAAUCUUCUCUGCCUGUUGACUCUGAAGCCUUUAUCGUAAGUGAUUUACAACAGGAUGCUUCUACGAUACUGUCUUCUGAACACUGUGGAGUUGAUAUAAUCAUAGGAACUUCUUUCGGAGGAGAAGAGGCAUCUGAAACAUUUGUUCAGCCAGACUCUACGUCCAGACUGGCUGAACAGAUUCCUGAGGAAGAUUCUGGAGAUACCACAAAUGAAAAUCAAAUUUGUGAGCCAGGGGAACCAUCGGUUCUAGUGUCCACUUUGCAAGGUGAACCGGGAUUUAAGGAUGUUGCUCCAGAUGACUCUCUACAGGAAAGGGAAAUUGACUCCACUUCACAGGACACAAUCAACAAGCUCAUUGAUCUGCCGGAAAUCACAAACAAUGAUUGUCCUGAAUCCAAUGCACAGUUCCAGCUCCCAGAAUCCUCCAAAGAGAGUGCCAACACAUCAUCAGAACCUACUGCUGAAUGUGCGAAUGUGCUUGACCUGUCUUGUGCCUCACCUCUAACAGAAAACCAAGGCAGCAGACCUUCUGAGACCCCCUUCACUGAUGGAGUUAAGAUCUCUGCUGUAAUUCCUGGUGGGGAUGAAUGUGUCGACAUGGCUACCGAUAUGUGCGAGACGACUGUCUCGGGGGACAGCACAUGCUCUCCCAUGGACACCAGCAGUGGUUCAGCUCUGAAGAGCUCUUACAUGUCUGACCCACUCAAUGCCUCAUCCUCAACAGCUGAGCUCACUUCCCCUAUGGAUAUUAAUAGUGGAUCACACCAGGAUUUGGAACACACUUCCCCAGUGGAUAUAGACAAUGGUUUGUCUGAAGAACUGCAGCUUUCAGAAACACCUGAGAGCCUGAAUGGAUUACAUCAAGAUCCUCCUGAUUGUUUGAUGGAUCACAGUGAAACUUUUCAGCUGUGUGCAGAGGAACCACAUGUCGACCAAAUGACGGAUGACAGCGCAUUAGCAGAGGAUGAGGUGGACGGACACCAAGACUCCUCGGCAGACAUAGCGAAUUCGGAAGUGAUCCAUAGAGAUACAGAGACGUUUUAUUCAGUUGAUGCCAGUCAAGAUGCUGGACUCCAGGAGAAGAAAUCCAUUUCAGUGAUUUCAGAAUUCUCACCUUCAGCCUCUUUACCCGAGACCACACAUCACAAAGAGUCAGCGAGCACCAUGCCAGGGUCCGCCAGCGAUGACGACUCUUUGUUUAGCCAGGAUUUGAGCGAGGACAGUAUUUUUAAUAAUAAGGCUGAGGACAGUGUCACAGUCACCAGCGGUGUGUCUAUGUCCUACUCGUCCUCCACAGACGACACCUCCAGCCUCGGGACCCCUAGCGCCAUCUCUCAGGCCAGCACAGAAGCUCCUGCAUCAGACCCCUGUCAGGAAAAGCCCACAUCUCCUGGAGCUUCAUCUGUUUCAGGAGAAAUGGAGGAGGAAGAGAAAAAGGACCACUUGACAGAGGUCCCGGAGCGGUCGGCUGUUAUACGUACCUCCAUACGAUCCCUGUCCCCUUUACGCAGGCACAGUUGGGGCCCAGGCAAAAAUUCAGCGGAGGAGAUGGAGAUUAGUCAACGCAGUACGGCACGUGGGGAAGUGGGACACAGGUCUACGGGCCAUAGGAGAAGCAUGAGCUGGUGUCCUUCGGUUGUCCUCCACUCAGAAAAUGACGAAAUAAAUGAAAGAAGUUGCAGCCUGGAAGGACUUGCAGCAGAGAAGGAAGGAAGGAAAAGCCUUAACCAGUGCAUAGGGGAGGCCAGCCAAGAACCAAACUGUCCAUCAAAGCUGGACGGAGAAGAAAGAGACUCACUUGUGUCCCUGACAGAAGAGGAACAGGAAUCAAACCUGGGAGACUUCUGCAGUUUGGACAGUCAGAGGUCCAUCCACUCUGGACGAAGAAGUGUCCCACAUUCACAAACCUUUCUCACCAAGUCUGUCUCCAUGUUGGCCAUCAGUCACAAAGACCUAGAUGCGAUCAGACGGCCACGACCCAAGCGACGAAUCUCCUUCUCCUUUAGCAUCUUGCCCAUGCUCCCCAAAUCUAAAACUCUCUUUUCUAUUGGCUCUUCAUCCAGUGAUGAGGAGGAAGCAGUCAGACUGUGCUCAUUCACAGGCACAUCAGGAUCUUUAGAGAACUGUAUAUCAGAGGAGGACCCGGGGCCAUUGCGGAGUGACAGUGAAGGCAAAGUUGGAGGAACGAAAGUGAGCAGGACAUUCAGUUACCUUAAGAACAAAAUGAGCAAGAAGAACAAGGAGAAGGACAAAGACAAGAAUAAGGAGCGCGAGCGAGAUGCCAAAGACAAGGAGAAGAGAACCUCAAAUGGGCAUCUCUUCACUGCGAUCAUGACAAUACCCACGAUCCCCUGCCACCAGUGCAACAAACCCAUCAACACUAGAGAUGCUUUCCUCUGCACCAAUUGCAAUGCACAAGUCCACAAAGGCUGCAGAGAGAGUCUUCCUGUUUGUGCCAAGGUCAAAAUGAAGCAGCAAAAACAGCAGCAGACUGUUCCAGAUUCUGCCUCGAUGCCUGGUGUCACGCUUAGAAGUAAAACCCUCCCAGCACGGGAUCGUCCGUGGUCCACCAUCUCUGUUGCCGAUGAUCAACGCGCUCCUCUCGCCCCUCCUCGGAAAAGCCCCAGCAGUAUGAUGUCUUUCAACAGCAACCCGCUGUCCAAGAGCAUGUCCAUUAAUAACAUUGCAGGACAAAUAGAAGAACAUCCUCUAAAGAAGUUUCUGUCCCAGUCGACCGACUCUCUUCACAAGACCAGUAAAGUCAGCGAGUCCACAGAAUCUCUUACGGAUGAAGGUACAGAGAUGAUGGAUAGUCAUCUGAUGGGAGAAUUUGAAGCUGAUGUCAAAGAGCUGGAAGCAGAUUCUUGGAGCUUUACGGUGGACAAGAAACUCAUGAAACAGCUUAAAAAGGAUGUUAUUAAGAGGCAAGAUGUCAUUUACGAACUCAUCCAGACCGAAAUGCACCAUGUGAGGACCUUGAAGAUCAUGGCUGAUGUUUACAGUAAAGGACUACUGAGAGAGGUUCAACUGGAGGUCCAGACUGUGGAGAAGAUGUUCCCCAUGUUAGAUGACGUUCUGGACUUGCACACAAAGUUCUUCUCACUGCUGCUCGAAAGGAAGAAAGAGUCAGGGAGCCAGGAAGAAGGUGGCUUUGUCAUCCGAAAGAUUGGGGACGUGCUCGUCUCUCAGUUCUCAGGAUCCAGUGGCGAGAGAAUGAAGAAGGUCUAUGGGAAGUUCUGCAGCAGACACAAUGAAGCUGUGAACUUCUACAAGGAGUUUCUAACCAAAGACAAACGGUUUCAAGCUUUCAUCAAGAAAAAGAUGAGCAGCUCUGUUGUCCGACGGCUAAGCAUUCCUGAGUGUAUAUUGUUAGUCACACAACGGAUAACAAAGUAUCCCGUCUUACUACAGAGAAUACUGCAGCACACGAAAGAAAAUGAGGAAGACCAUGCAGAUGUAACCCAAGGUCUGAAGCUGGUGAAGGAGGUGAUUGCCGCUGUGGAUAAUAAAGUAAACGAGCAUGAGAAGAAAAAGAGGUUGAGGGAAGUGUACAGCCGGACAGACAGCAAAUCCAUCAUGAGGAUGAAAAGCGGGCAGAUGUUUGCCAGAGAGGAUCUGUUACGUGGGCGGAAGUUAAUUCACGACGGACCACUACAGCUCAAGAACACAGCAGGGAGACACAAGGAUGUCCAGGCUCUGCUGCUGAGGGAUGUGAUUGUGUUCUUACAAGAGAAAGAUCAGAAGUAUAUAUUCGCAUCCUUGGACCAGCGCUCCACCGUCAUCUCUCUGCAGAAACUCAUUGUGAGGGAAGUAGCCAAUGAGGAGAAAGGACUGUUCCUGAUCACGGCCGGCAUUGAGAAGCCUGAGAUGGUAGAAGUGUACGCCAGCUCUAAGGAGGAGAGGAACACAUGGAUGCAGCUCAUUCAGGAGGCCAUGCAGUCAAUACUUUCGAUUUCCUCCAGGGAGCGAGAUGAUGAUGAAGGUGUGCCUAGUGAAAACGAAGAGGACCGAAGACUUCAAGAAAUCAAAGUCAGGGAGUUGAGAGAUCAGCUGCACAAGAGGGAUGAGCAGAUCUUGACUAUACUGGAGGAGAAAGUGAAGUUGUUCAGGGACAUGUGUGACUGUGGCGUGCCAGACGAGACCAGCCUUCGCAGCAGAAUGCUCUUCAGGGCCACGCCCGAUGACAUCACCAAAGGGCAGCCAAUCAUGAAAGAGGCUCUAAAGGAAGUUGAGACAUUACAGGUUCUGGUAAACGACAGUCUAGGAGGAGCAGUGCAGGAUGGCGUAUGUGCGGCGGGGCCCGUGACUUUACCACGACGGGCGGAAACCUUCGGAGGCUUUGAUAGUCACCAGAUGAACAUCUCAAAGAGUAAAGAUGGAGACAGAGAGGAGACGGAAGACUCUGCAGAGCUCCGCAGGACUGAGUCAGACAGCGUUCUGAAGAAGGCAAGCAACACAAACCCCCUGCUCCUACUCAAGAGGAACAACGAGCAGGUUCUUCAGAGCGUCUCUCAGCUCCAUGACCUGCUGAACACAUUACAGGCUGUUGUUAUCCAGCAAGACACCUUCAUCGAGGACCAGCGGCAUGUCCUCAACGAACGGCCCCAGCCCUCUUUACGCUACCCUUCCGUCUCUUCCCUCAACUCCUCCUCUUCCUCCUCCUCCUCACGGCCCAGCUCACUAAUCGAGCAGGAGAAACAGCGGAGCCUGGAGAAGCAGCGGCAAGAAGUCGCCAGCCUCCAAAAACAGCAGGCUGCCCACGCCGAUGAGAGGAGGCGCAGGGAAAGAGAGUGGGAAGCGCGGGAGCGGGAACUGGCCCAGAGGGAGUCGCAGCUGCAGACCCAAGAGGAAGAGGUGCAGAGAAGAUGGAAAGAGCUGGAAGAGGAGAAGCAAGACCUGCAGAGUAAAAAAGAAGAGUAUCAGAGAGACCUGGCGCGGCUCAGAGACAGCCAGAAGAGACUGGAGAGAGAACGAGAGCAGGUUCAGAGAGAGACCGAGCUGAUCAGACAAACAGAGGUGAGGAUCAAGGUCAAGGAGAGUUCACCCAAACAAAUAUUAUUUAACCAGCCUUGUGUUAUACCAAACCUGCUUGACUUACCUUCUUCAAUUUUUAAAGAAUACCCUGGCCACUCUUGUGUGCUACAGUACUGUUCAAAAGCAUGGAGUCAGUAAGAUUUCUGAAUAGCUUUUUGUGAGGAACAAAUUUACAUUUGAAUCAUUAUUCACUGGAAAUGCGCCCUAAUGUUGCUUUAGCAUGUUCAUGAAAGAAAGUGAUAUUUGAUGCAUAACUGAAGCAUUCCUUUGCGUCGGAAGGCUUUGAAGCUUUGGUCUUCAUUCGUUAUAUGGAAAAGAGUGACUCACACCAUCUUAAUUUGUCCUUUUGCGUUCCAUGAAAGAAAGUCACGAGGAUCUGGAAUGACAUGAGAGCAAGGACUGAAAACGAAUCUUUUGCCGAAUCUUUCAGUUUUCUAUAUAAUCUCAAAGGAAAAUAUGUUGAAGAUGCGUCUGCAUGUCAUUAUUCUGUGAUGGUACAGUACUCUCACUCUAUGUAAUGUUGAUUAGAUGAGAAAAUUACUAAUCUUUUCCAUUGCUCCUCCCAAAAUUACAUAACUGUUCUGUAAUAUGAAAACAAAAGGCCUGCUCAUUCGAUUAUGUAAUUAUAUUCAUCUUAUUUUUAACAUACGAUCUUCAUCCUUAAUGUAGUUGCUUUUUCCUGAACACUCAGAAUGAUUUGAAACUUAAUAGCACUCAGAAAUAACUCCUUUGGCAAAGAAAAGAGGUUGUGUUUUUCAUUUUGCGUUUUGAUGUCAUGUCUAAACAAUUUUCAAGGUUACCAAACUCCGUUUUAAGAGAAUGCUUGCACAUUUAUUGUAAUUUCUACACCAUCAUCUACAGGAAUUAAAGAAGAACCGGACCCCUUCCACAACGUCUGAGGACUCCUCAAAGUUCCAGAGCACUGGGUCAUUGGACCGCGAGCCCUCAGAGGUGGAGCUCUCCUCGUCUCCAUCUACCAGAGACUUCCUGUCCCGCAUGGACUCCAAACGCAAAGGGAAGAACCUCAAUCCAUUCUCCUCUAAUUCAAGCCAGAAGGGCCAGAACAGCGAGGCGCAGAGCCAGAUCCCCAGCCGCCUGCUACAGCUGGCCAAACCCAAGGAGAAGAAGGACAAGAAGAAGAAGAAGGGGAAAGGGCAGCAGAGCCAGACUGCAGGUAGUGUAGAUCCUCAUCACAUUUGACAUCUUU